AUGGAAAGUAUUGGUAUCACCCCCGCAGUUUUUCUUGGAAACGAGCAAUUGCAUGCUGAUGAAUUCUACUCUAUUUACUGCUCCUCCGUUCCAGAAUAUUUUAUUUGGCACAAAGAACAACGAAAUCGUCUACAGAAGCAUGCAGAAGAAUGGGAUCAACUCAAUUAUUACCUGAUCGAAUGCACUGAAACGUAUCAAAAAUGUGGUGGGACAGCUGACCGGCUGGGUCCACUCCCGUUUCACAUAAAAGUUGCAAGUGAGACGAAGCGGCUGUUGCUCAUUCACUGGACGAAGCCAGCACCCUUGGAAGAAUUCCUAGAGCCUCCAAGUGGUGGAUUCGAUUGGAGAGUACCACCUUGGCUAUUAGAAAACUUACAGCAAGAGAUUGCCAAACGAUUUUCCACGCACGAGAAGCAAAUCUUAAAGUACGCAAACUACACACAAGCAAGAUUACUCUCCGUCAAGUUCCAGUCCCACGAUCAUGGACAAGGAAGCUAUGAUCAAUCAAGAAGGAGUCCAGAAGAACCAAACUUCUUGCAAGUCUAUCACGAUCUUUGGAGAGUGUUUUUCACGCCUAAUCCAAGAAUUGCCAAGCAAAUUGAACAGUACAUGGGCGACUUUCAAUUGCAACCUGGGGCCUAUAUUACCGUCCAUUUGCGUGCUCUUUAUGCUGUCGAAGAACGACAAGAGGAUUUAGUGGAAUGGUGGAGCACAAAUUCGAUCAAUUGUGCCACCACCAAGUUGCCUAUCCACACUAGACAUUUGCCUUUGGUUUUUGUAUCAGACUCUGACCUUGCUGUGGAAAUGGCGGCGAAACAAGCACACACCAUGGAAAAAUUCCAUGGGAUUCGGGUGCUUCACCGGCCACACGCAACGACUCCCCUACAUCUAGAAAAGACUGGCAACCGCACGUCCAGUAGUGCGUCUGACUUUGACGAUAUAUUUGUUGAUUUGUACACCAUCGGGAUGUCUCGAUGUACAGUUUUCAAUAUGGGAGGUUUUGGGCGCUUGGGGAGUGCUAUUGGGUACAACUCUUCCUGUAUUUUUCGAACAAUGGCGACGAUGAUCAAAUGCAAUCCGCCUCAAGGGAUGCAACCUCAUCUUCGAGGUCCACAACGAGAACUAUCCAGCCCGCUCUUUCUACCUCCGAUGAUGGAAGGAUCAACAACUGCCAAAUCUCUCAACAAGAGUCCAAAUUCGUCGAAGUCGUCCGGCAGCAACCUACCUCCGAUGAUGGAUGAACCAGAAGUCACGCAAAUUGAAUCCAUUACCCAAAGCCAGUUGCUGUAUGCAACGUUUUUCAACACAAGUGAGACUCCAAAUCUAUGGAAGGCGUCAGACAAGAUUCCGAAGUGGAUGAAGAAGUACUUUCGCUGGCAUCGAGAGCAACGAAAAGCAAUGCUCAAUCCAGAGAAUUGGAGAAGCAUGCGACUAUUGCUCAUGGAAUGCUUGGACACACAUGAGAGCUGUGGGGGAACUUCGGAUCGAUUGAAGCCUUUGCCCUCGCUGAUACGAAUGGCUCAUAUCUCCAACCGAUUGUUGCUGAUUCACUGGACACGGCCAGCCAAACUAGAGGAAUUUCUGUUGCCUCCAAAGGGAGGAAUGGACUGGCGUGUUCCUAAUUGGUUGCACCCAUUUUUGAUUGGUUACAGCUUUGAGUCUCCCAAGGCAGUUGACCCACGACCAGCAAUCCAGUCGAAGCAUCAAAGUGUCAGUGUACGAUAUCAAUCAUACGACGCAGGUCAAGGCUGGUACGAUAGUGAAAAGAAGGAAGCAGAAGCAACAUUCAAUGAAUUGUACCACGAUAUCUGGCGAGUCUUCUUCACACCUGCACUACCUAUUGCAAAAGCAAUCAAAGAUUUCAUGGGUGAAAAUGGGCUUUUCCCAGGUCACUAUUCGUCAGCACAUGUUCGGGUGUUGUAUGCUCUCAAAACGACGCCCAUUCCUCGAAUCAUGCGGUGGACCAAGAAUGGUUUGAAUUGCGCGUCUCAUCUACGACCCGGCAAACCCAUCUUCUUGGCAUCUGAUUCGCACCAAGCCACUCAGAUCGCAGAAGAGUAUGCAAAGAAGCGGAAUACCACAAUCCAUAUACACCCAAACAAUCCAGACCCCCCACUCCAUCUCGACAAAGCUGAAGAUGUCAAUGAUCAUUCAACUCCAAGACGAUCUCCUUCAGACUAUUACGAUACUUUUAUUGACUUGUACAUUAUGGCGUUUGGGCAGUGCGUCUUCAUCAGCAAGGGGGGCUAUGGUCAUUGGGCGAACUUGAUUGGUGGCAACACAACCUGCAUCUACAAACAGAAGAGAGCUAAAUCGGGCAUUCAAAAUCCUUGCAACUGGACAUUUGCUGCUGAUACGACCCCACAUGAGAACUUGCGAAUAACGGAGGCACUGUUCAAUGAGCCUGUUCUACAAGCGGCACGAUAG